AUACAGGCUGAUAAAUCGAGCGACGAACAAUCGCUCCACAGUUAUUCCUCGGCCCAGCUGAGCGGAGCAACUCCGUCAUGUUUGCACGCGUGGGACGUUUAAAUGAGAGGCGGUUGUGUUUUUGCACCCAAGUCCGGAUUUGAGACUAAAUUUUGUGUUGUUCUCUGAAGUGAACGUAAGAAAACAGGCAGCGAGUUUAAGCAGUAUGCUAGCCCGACGCGGCUAACGUGAAGCUAACGGCUAACCAUUUGGAAAUCAUCAGAUGAAAACAACAUCGACCCAAAAUGCACUAGCUGGACUUGAACGGGUGGCCAACUGGUUUCCUGGAUCUGUUGGUUGGAUCGGAGGAUGAAGCGGGUCUUCUGGCUGCUUUCAGGCUUAAACAGAAGAAUGAUGAAGCUACUUUUUGCUCUCGCUUUGAUCGCGUACAUUGCCUCUGUUUGGGGAACAUAUACAAACAUGAGGUCGAUACAAGAAAAUGGAGAUGUGAAGAUUGAGCAGAAAAUUGAUGAAGCUGUGGCUCCUUUGAGAGAGAAGAUUCGUGACCUGGAACAGAGCUUUUCACAGAAAUAUCCACCGGUGAAAUUUCUCUCAGAAAAAGAUCGAAAAAGAAUUUUGAUCACAGGAGGGGCUGGGUUCGUGGGUUCCCAUCUGACUGACAAACUGAUGAUGGAUGGCCAUGAGUUGACCGUGGUCGACAACUUCUUCACUGGGAGAAAACGAAACGUGGAGCACUGGAUCGGUCACGAAAAUUUUGAACUCAUCAAUCAUGAUGUGGUGGAGCCACUUUACAUAGAGGUGGACCAGAUCUACCACCUAGCAUCUCCAGCCUCCCCUCCUAACUACAUGUACAAUCCCAUCAAAACACUGAAGACGAACACAAUUGGUACUCUGAACAUGCUUGGGUUGGCAAAACGAGUGGGUGCAAGACUUCUGCUGGCCUCUACAUCUGAAGUUUAUGGAGAUCCAGAGGUGCAUCCCCAAAAUGAGGACUACUGGGGCCAUGUGAACCCAAUUGGUCCCCGAGCGUGCUAUGACGAGGGGAAACGUGUAGCAGAGACGAUGUGCUACGCCUACAUGAAGCAGGAAGGUGUGGAGGUGAGAGUGGCGAGAAUCUUCAACACGUUUGGUUCCCGGAUGCACAUGAAUGACGGACGAGUCGUCAGUAAUUUCAUCCUUCAGGCUCUACAAGGAGAACCUCUCACUGUGUACGGUACUGGAUCCCAAACUAGAGCCUUCCAAUAUGUAAGCGACCUGGUUAACGGCCUCGUGUUGCUGAUGAACAGCAACAUCAGCAGCCCAGUCAACUUGGGAAACCCUGAAGAGCACACCAUAUUGGAGUUUGCCCAACUCAUCAAAAGUCUUGUUGUGAGCCGAAGUCAGAUCCAGUUUCUGUCGGAGGCCCAGGACGAUCCCCAGAGGAGGCGACCCGACAUCCGAAAAGCCAAGAUGAUGCUCGGCUGGGAACCCGUGGUGCCGCUGGAGGAAGGUUUGAACAAAACUAUUCAGUAUUUCAGCAGGGAACUAGAACACCAGGCCAACAACCAGUACAUCCCCAAACCUAAAGCUGCCCGCAUGAAGAAAGGAAGGCCCAGACAUAACUGAGCAGCAGCGGUCUGCUCUGCCGAACACUCCUCCACCAUCAGAGAGGAGCUUCUCUCUGAUGUACCCUGCUGAGUAGAGCACUUUUUGGAACAGUGUCCCGUUUUGGGUCACAGCGGCGGCGGCGGCUUUCUCUCUGAGCUCUCUUUAAAAGCGGAUGAUGCCUUGUGUCGGAGCGGCAGCUGUGAUUUGGUGAGGUCUCCCUCCAUGAAGCUUUCAAAACUGAUGGACAAGCCUGAAUCAAAGAAGCUACCUGCUGGAGCGGAGGACUGGAAUUCCAGCCUAUGUUUUGGGAGUAUAUUUUCGUGGAUUUCGUGCUGUUCUUGCCAUUUAAUACAACGCCAUGAGAAUCUUGGCGAGCAGCUCAGACCUCGCGGAAACGAAUGGCGUUUAUCAAUUUCAUGGUGUAUCGUGUCUGGAGAGGAGCCGUCCGAGUUUGUUUUCCCACUGGACGUCUUGUCAGUCUGCCAAACCCGUAGCGCACGGCAGGUUGUGGACAAAUUCUCCAGCUCAACAGUUCACGGCGCCAUAAUUGUUUUUAAAGAUAUUGUGUUUGUGAAAUUUUCAUGUCACGGUGUGCAGUAUCAUAUUGAUGUGAAGAGGCUAUUUUAAUAAAAUAUUUCCAAUGA